AUGCAAUACGUACAAGUUCCUCCUUAUAGUACUGAAUGGGUAGCACCAUUUGGUUAUGAACAAUUUUAUUCUAACAAUGCGAAUCGUCAGCAUCAACUUUCAUCAAAUGCAAGUAGUCUUACCGAUGGAAGUUCAGCAUAUGGUAGUUCAACUAGUUAUCUAUAUGAUAUUGUACCACCAGCUACAGGCCGAAUAUCACCUGAAUUACAAACAAAUUAUGAAGUUUAUUAUGCAAAAAAGAAAAAACGUAGUAAUAAUCAAGUAAUUGAAGAUAAUAAUGGUUUAUAUAAAAAAGAAAAACGAAAUUUAAAUGAUGGUUUUGAUGAUGAAAAUCAUGAUUAUAUUGUACGACCAGGUGAAAUAUGGCUUGAACGAUAUACUAUUGAUUGUCUUAUUGGAAAAGGAAGUUUUGGACAAGUCGUUAAGGCAUUUGAUCAUAUUGAUGGUGAAUAUGUUGCUAUAAAAAUAAUUAAAAACAAACGACCAUUUCUUUCACAAGCACAAAUUGAAGUACGUCUUCUUGAAUUAAUGAAUCAACAUGAUAUUGAUAAUAAUGGUUACAUUGUUAAAUUAAAACGAAAUUUUACAUUUCGUAAUCAUUUAUGUCUUGUAUUUGAAUUAUUAUCAUAUAAUUUAUAUGAUUUAUUACGUAAUACAAAUUUUCGUGGUGUAUCAUUAAAUUUAACACGUAAAUUUGCAUUACAAUUAUUAUCGGCAUUACUUUUUCUAUCUCAACCUGAGCUUAAUGUACUUCAUUGCGAUCUGAAACCUGAAAAUAUUCUUUUGGUUAAUCCAAAACGAUCAGCUAUUAAAAUUGUUGAUUUUGGUAGUUCAUGUCAAAUUGGUCAACGUCUUUAUCAAUAUAUUCAAAGUCGAUUUUAUCGUUCACCAGAAGUAUUACUUGGUAUUCCAUAUGAUAUGGCUAUUGACAUGUGGAGUCUUGGUUGUAUUCUUGUUGAAAUGCAUACAGGUGAACCAUUAUUUAGUGGUACAAAUGAAUAUGAUCAAAUGAUGAAAAUAGUUGAAGUACUUGGUAUGCCACCGACUCAUAUACUUGAACAAGGAACAAAAACUAAACGAUUUUUUGAUCGUUUACCAGAUAAUACAUGGAUACCACGAAAAAGUAAAGAAAGAAGGUAUCGAGCACCAGGAACACGUAAAUUACAUGAUAUACUUGGUGUUGAUGUGGGUGGUCCUGGUGGUCGUCGUGCUGGCGAACCUAAUCAUUCCGUAUCAGAUUAUAUUAAAUUUAAAGAACUUGUUCAACAAAUGCUUGAAUAUGAUCCAAAACGACGUAUAUUACCAUUUAAUUCAUUACAAGCUAGUUUUUUUAAACGAACAUAUGAUGAAACAUCAACAAUGAGUCAUCCAUCAUCAUCAACAACAACAGCAACAACAAAUGUUUUAUUAACAAAUACAAAUAAUAAUGGUACAAAUAAUGUUAAUAGUUUAUUACAACAAAAUAAUGCUAUUAUUACAAAUCAUACAAAUAUUCCUUUAUCAUCGAAUCUCAAUUCGAAUGGUUCACCUAAUCUUGAUCCAACUCUUCGUUAUCGUCAAGAUUCAUAUCGUCAUAUAAUUGAAACAGUUCCAUCAACAAAUCAACCAUCACGUGCAAAUCAGCAGUAUCCACCACCUAAUCUUUGGCAACCAAAUGAUUCAACAACUCAACAACAAAUAUUUAUGCAAGGUAUUCAAAGACCAUUUCCAGGUUUAGCUUCAUCAGUUCAACAACAAUCAUCUAAUUCAUCUAUAACACAAUUAACAAAUGUUAAUCAAAUUGGUAUGCCAACAUCAUCAUCAUCUUAUUUAACUAAUUAUCCAAAUGUUGUAAAUCAAACAAAUAAUACAACAUAUAUUGAUGAUCCAACAAAUAUAAAUCGUCAUUUUUCAAAUAUUGAUACUAAUUUAACAUCAAUUGAUCUUAAUGUACCAACACAAUUUCAAACAAAUAAUAAUUCAACGAACAGCUAUUAUCCUUCUCAGCGAAUUCAUACAUCACCGUCCGCAACAGCAUCAUUUCCACAAUUCUUUGGUUAUGUUCCACCUAGUUUUAAUCAUCAUCAUCAUUUAUCAUCGAAUGUUGACGAUGCAUCUUUGCUCAUUCAAAAUCCUAGUUUGACUUGA